AAAGGAUCUUAUGAGCAGCAGUUAAGAAUCUGACACUACAUCUGCUGAUGGAUUUUUUUAGAAUAAUAUAUCAUACAAGGAUUUUAAUGAUUUAAUUAAAAUGUUGUGUAUAAUAAUAAAUAAGGAAAAGAUGGAUUGGCUGAUUGAUGUUUGGAUUUAGAUGCUUCAGCACGAAGGCGAUAUGGUUAUGGAGGUUGGGUACAGAUGGAACACAACUGUCCAGGAGUGGCUAACAUGAUGAAGAAUGGCCAGUUUUUUAGAAAAGUUGAGGAGAAUUGUUGGUGUGCUGAGGCCAGAAUAAGAGACAUGAAUGAUACAGGAGUAUGUGUACAAGUUUUAUCAACAGUUCCUGUCAUGUUUAGUUAUUGGGCUAAGCCAGAAGAUACGUUAGACCUUUGUCAGAUCAUAAAUGAUGAUUUAGCUCAGACAGUAAAAGCUCAUCCAACACGCUUUAUAGGAUUAGGUACCUUACCAAUGCAAGCACCAGAUCUGGCCAUCAAGGAAAUGAAAAGAUGUAAAUACGAAUUAGGCUUUAAAGGUGUUCAGAUUGGUUCUCACAUAAAUGACUGGAAUUUAGAUGCUGAAGAGUUACGUCUAUUCUUUGCUGCAGCUGAGGAACAUGAAGUUGGAAUUUUUGUUCAUCCAUGGGAUAUGGAUCAGGGUGAAAGAAUGAAAAAGUACUGGCUACCUUGGCUCGUUGGCAUGCCAAGUGAGACUGCAACAGCCAUAUGCUGUAUGACAAUGGGAGGGGUGUUUCAACAAUUUCCCAAACUAAAGGUCUGCUUUGCACAUGGAGGUGGAGCUUUCCCUUUUACUGUUGGUAGAAUAGAACAUGGAUACAAUGUCAGGCCUGAUUUAUGUGCUUCAGAUUGUAAGGAAAGCCCUCGUAGUUUUCUAGGAAAAUUUUACACUGAUUCAUUAGUUCAUGACCCGAUUUCUCUUAAACUACUGGUGGAUGUUAUAGGAGAAGAUAGAAUAUGUAUGGGUUCAGAUUAUCCAUUUCCCCUGGGAGAACACCAUCCAGGUAAACUUAUUGAGACAAUGGACUUAGAUGACAGCUUGAAGGAUAAAUUACUUGUGAAGAAUGCAUGUGACUUCCUUGGAAUCAAAAGAGCAGACUACAGUCCACACCUUAUCUUUCACUGAUGUGUAGAAACUGCAUCAUAGACACACAGCAUUAAAGACAUGAACACAGUCAUAUUGAUGUAUUGAUAUAAACAUUUGUUUUUUUUAUUUUGUUGUGUUAAAGUAUGUUUUAAUAUCUAGAAUGAAUUAUUUUAAUAUUAUUGUUGCAAAAGUAUUUAAGAAUUUUUUAUACUGAUGCAAGCAGUGCAAAAACAAUUGCAAUUUUAUAAUGAAUUGGUGUCUGUCUUUAAUUUGUAUACCAGGGAUUUACAACUUUUGCAAAGGUGGACCCAUUUUUAUACAUUGAUCUUAAGAACUAUGAUUAAGUAAUAUUCCUGUUUAUUAAAGUAGAGAAGUGUGUUCCAUGAUGUCACAUAUUAAGAUUGUUCACAGUAUGAAUUCAGAAAUAUUUUAUUUAUUUUCAUUUAAAAAAUAUGUUAAUUAUUGUUUAUUUUGUAUGAAGAGCUUUGUUUCUGUAGUUAAUUAUACAGUAUUUUUUAUUAAUAAACUUAGGUGCUACUGAGUCAGAUAAGUUUACAAGUAUUGAGGAUUCAUUUGUUGUCUUUUCUAUCAAUUUUAGUAGAUUGUAGAAAAAAAAUGGUAUUUUUAUGGAUACUUAAAAGGGUUGGACAAAUUUUGAAUAUAAGGAAAUCUGUAUUUUUUUUAACUGUAAAAUUUUGUACCUACAAAAAUCAGUACACUAGGAAUAAUAAUUAAUCCACAGAAUGUAUCGCUGUGAAUAUAUCAGUUAUGAUUAUUAAAUUUGUGCCAUAACAAUUUAAAGUUUGGGUUUCAUCAUAUUAUAGCCAGAUAUAUACUUACCCGCUCUCAUGUUUAGUUAAUUUGAAUUAUACGUGAUAGAAAGUUAAGACAAUAGAUGAAUAAAUACACAGCUAUUUUUAUCAUGCAUUGUACUUAAGCUGCAUUCAGACGUUUUCAAAAAAAAGAUUUAAAGUAGCUAUAUUAUGUUAAAAAGGUUGUUAACAAUAUUAAGAAUAGGUAUGAUUAAAGCCAUUAAUUGGUGCAUUAAAUUGAAAAAAUAGUAAGAUUCUUAAAUCCUUUCAUAUUUAUGUUAUUUUAAUGCUUGCUUAAAAAGAUGAUAUAAACUGGUCUCACUUUGACAUUCUGAAUUACAACUUUUGAGCAAAUAUGGCUAUUUUACAUUUAGUUUUUGGUCUAAUUUAACUUUACCAAAAGCCUUACCCAAAAUGAUAUGAAUGAAUGCUAAAAGAUCAUUUUAGUAUGACCCUGAUGGGAUGUCUUCAGAUCUUCCACAGUGCAACAAACAAAUUCUAGUGGUAGAGUGAAAGAUCUGAUUUUAAUCGGAUUUUGUAAUCAUGUAGACAUAUAGAACAGAUAUUAGAUAUAUGUAUUUGAAUGUAUAUACUAGAACUAUUGAACACACCAAUAAUCAAUGGUUUAAGGAACACAUAUAAAUAAACUCAUCAUAGAUACCAGGAUUAAAAUUUUAUACGCCAUAUGUGCAUUUCAUCUAUAUAAGACUCGUCAGUGAUGAUAGAAUCAAAAAAGUUAAAUUUUAGUUUUGAAACUGUUAAUUUCAUUCUUGUUUGAAACAUUCAUAAAUAUGUGUUUAAUCGAACAGUAGUAUUGAUAAUUGUUCAUUAAUUUAUUUUUUUGAUUUAAUAUGCAUUGUUCAUAUCUCAUAAUCUCAAUUAGAUAUGUGCAUUGUCUUAGAUUUACAUUUUGUCAAUUCAGUUUAAUUCCAUGAAAGAAUUACCUGUUUUAUAAAAAUAUUGAGAAAUGGUCCCACUAACCAACUGAUAAGACUACUGUUAAAUUAGAACGAAAGGGUAAACUAGUUUUAAUAAGUUCUGUGAAAUGCAUUUAAUGUGGCAUUUUCUUUCUAAAAUGAUUUAGUAGAUUCUUUUGUCAGAUUGAAUAUCAUUUUAAUAGAAAAAAUAAAAUAAAUAUGAGCCAUUUUGGACAACAGGUUCCUAAUCAAAUUGAUAGGAAUGCUGUGAAAAUGUACAUUCCAUGACCCAUCCCAAAAUAAAAGUUGGUUCCUAUUACCAAACAUAAAUUAAUCCAAUUAACAUUUGUAUCUAUUUUGGACCCACCAACAAAAAGUGCUGCUAUUACAAUGAUUAUAAAUUUGAAGGAGAAAAACAUUAGCUAAAGAUUUUGUGAUUUUAUUAGUUUUUCUCAAAAUUGUUCCUUUUAUUAUUUCCUUUGACACUUACAUUAUGGAUUGGAACCAGGAAAACAUUUCAUUUAUAAUCUUUUCCUCUGUAAUCUUUAUGCCAAUUUUAAUAAUAGACUUGUCCUAAUUAUUUCUUAAUGUCUAUUUUAAAAUGCACAUUUGCUGAUUCCAGCAACAAACCAACCAACCUAACUUUGUAAGUGCUAAUAAUUUAAUAAUUACAUAACCUUUACAGACUAAUUACCACUAAAAUGUUUAAUGAUGGCCACCUUUCAGAAUUAUUUUGAUAAAUGAAUUGAAUUCACAGGUUGCAAGUAAAUGAUACUCACUGCUUUGAUUCUUAAUGAUAUAAAUGCAAAAAUAAGACAAUAAACAAGGUAACCAAUUGAAAGCAUUAAGGUUUUUGCUUCUAUAGAGCUUUACUUUGUAUAAAAUAAUUAGUUUUUGCUUAGUGAAUACAUUUAUGAUAUCUCAGUUGAAGCAUAAUAUAAAGAAUCUCAAAUUUUACUUUUAUAUCUUCUUUAUAAAUGGUAAAACAUUAUUUUAUUUUAAAUUUCUACAUUACUUUGCAUUUUAUUCAGUUAUAUGAAGAAAAAAAACCCAGAAUAAAUAAAUGUAUAUAGUGUUACUUUUAUUUCUAUUUCAUAAAUUUAAUUGAUUAACAUUAUUUUAUUUUGAAUUUUAACAUUACUUUGCAUUAUAUUAGGUUAUAUGGAAAAAAAAUCCAAAAUAAAUAAUUGUUUAUUGCA